GCUUGCUGGUAGUGUAGUGGUUGAUAAUAUUUACUUAAACUUGUGAAGCCAAUUGCGCAAAGUCCAUAACUUAUUAAGACUACAAUGAAUCCGCUAGUUCAGAUAGCACGUGUCACCAGCCGUCCAGCCUACAGGAGGUUAUCGACUGCUAAACCCAUUCCAUCUACUGGUGUUUGCUUCGAGUUGUCUGAGGAGCAAAAAGCGUUGCAAGAUCUCGCUCGCAAGUUCACCAGAGAAGAGAUCAUUCCAGUCGCGGCUCAAUACGACAAGAGCGGAGAGUACCCUUGGCCCGUCGUCAAAAAAGCAUGGAAGCUCGGAUUGAUGAAUACCCACAUUCCCCAACAUUGCGGGGGUGUUGGGAACUUGGGAGUUUUCGACGAAUGCGUCGUUGGGGAAGAAUUUGCGUACGGAUGCACUGGUAUUACGACAGCAAUAGGAGGAACGAAUUUGGGACAAGCGCCAGUUAUCAUAGCUGGCAACAAGGAACAGCAGAAGAAGUACCUCGGCAGGUUGAUAGAAGAACCCCUUGUGGCUGCUUACGGAGUUACGGAGCCCGGUUGCGGAUCCGAUGUAGCCGGAGUGAAGACACGUGCUGAGAAGAAAGGUGACGAAUGGAUUCUUAACGGGCAGAAGAUGUGGAUCACCAACGGUGGCGUUGCUAACUGGUAUUUCGUCCUCGCUAGAACCAACCCGGACCCCAAAUGCCCCGCCGGCAAAGCAUUCACUGGCUUCAUCGUCGAGAGAGACUGGCCCGGAGUGAAUCCUGGACGUAAGGAACUGAAUAUGGGCCAACGCGCAUCUGAUACCCGUGGCAUCACUUUUGAGGACGUGCGCAUACCGAAAGAGAAUGUGCUCAUUGGCGAAGGAGCUGGCUUCAAAAUCGCUAUGGGUGCUUUCGACAAGACUAGGCCUCCGGUGGCAGCCGGCGCUACAGGUCUCGCACAGCGCGCUCUAGACGAGGCUACCAACUACUCGCUGCAGCGUAAAACAUUCGGAGUGCCCAUCGCUCAUCACCAGGCCGUCGCCUUCAUGCUCGCUGAUAUGGCUAUUGGUGUCGAAACAGCACGCCUGGCCUGGCACAAGGCGGCCUGGAUGGUUGAUCAUGGUCAGAAGAACACUGUGCUGGCUUCGGUCGCCAAAGCCCAUGCUUCAGAAGUGGCUAACAAGGCUGCGGCAGACGCCGUUCAAAUCUUCGGCGGCAACGGCUACAACACCGAGUACCCAGUUGAAAAACUUAUGCGCGAUGCUAAGAUCUACAUGAUCUAUGAGGGAACCUCUCAGAUUCAAAGACUUAUUAUCUCCAGGGAAACCUUAUCCAAACAUGCGGCCUAAACGCUCAGAAUGGGAACAAACAGCACAUCAAGACUUCAAUUCAAGUAACAAUAUCGAAAAACGUGAAUAAAAUAAAUCACUCUUUUAAUCUGUUUUUACAGAAAUUUGAAACAAAAUUGAUCAGAAAACAAUACGGUAACAAGAAUAUAAGU